CUCCUCCUAAGAUCACACCCACCAGUGCGUGUGGCAUCAUAGCUCUGAAAUAGUGCAACAAGUUGUCAGAAUCACCCAAGUCCUCCUUAAGAAGCGACUUACUCCUCGUGCAAAAUAACGUUUCCAAACUCGGGAUGAACUUGAGGCGUCAUUAAAAAAAAGAGAAUGUCGUACAAUAACGAGCUGGCCCUCCACUGCUUCCCUGUGGAUUUCAGCGGGCCGUAUCACCACUUGGGCCUCCCCUUCCACGGCCGCGGGUUCCCACCUGCAGGACUACACUAUCACCCGUGUCGGGGCUUUUGUGAGUACUCAUUGGAACCCGCGUUUAUCCGCAAAAGGAACGAGAGGGAGCGGCACCGGGUGCGCUGCGUCAACGAGGGCUACCUGCGUCUCAGGCAGCAUUUGCCGCAGGAGUUUGAGGACAAGCGGCUCAGUAAAGUGGAGACGCUGCGGGCGGCCAUUGACUAUAUUAAACAUCUGCAGAGACUUUUGGAAAUGGACGUAAACCGGAUGCAAAUAUCCCAGGAAGGUCUCUGAGGACAUUGUUUGCAACAGUUUAUUGGUUAUGUCAGCCAUUGUGCAACCGAAGGACCCAAAACAUUAUAGGAGUUCCUUGUGUGAUGUUAUUGUGCAGUUUGAAGGUUAGCAGUCUGAAAUCUCGCCAGGGAGUUUUUUUCCAAAAUAUUAUUGCAUUGUGUUUGUUAGUAUAGGGCAGACCUGGGGAAAUUGUGGAUUUUUAUGAUUUUUCAAUCCGGCCAGCCAGACGUUCGACAUCAUUUUUUUUUAGACCUUUAACAUAAAAACUGUAGCCUGCAUUAUGAUGUGCAGUGUUGUUUUUAGAUGACCGUUAGUAUUGAACUAUAGAAAGUAUAUCUACUAGUGAUGAGUUGAUGAGGUGUUAUGAAGCGUUUCGACACAUUGCAAAACUGUGUCGAAACUGUGUCACUAAAUACUGACAUCUGCUGGACAUUAAAAAUCCCUAC